CUCAGAACCACAUCAGUCCAGGCAGAACUACCCACGUAGGGAAGUGGCAGCCAGUGGGUGUCUGCCCUCUGGGUUGCUGGGUGCCGAGCUCUUCCGGCCCUGCCUGCCAAGCUUAGCUUUGUUCAUUCAGAGAGAUCAUCUUUCUUUCAGUGCCACCAAUGCACUGGUGCCUGGAGGCAGUGGGAGCCAGCAUCCUGUGACACGCCUGGUGAAGCUGUGCAGACAUUUCCAGAACACAUUUCACCCCCACCUCCCAUGACCAGACCCCGCAUCUGUGUUCCUGAACCACUGUACCCUCAAACUCCAGAGCAUGGUUCUCUCAGGACCCCUCAACUCAGAAGCUGAGGCCACGAGUACCUUCACUCAGGGUCUUGCCUGGAGUUUUAUAGCCAUACUCUAAAUUCAGUGAGAUCCUCUAGGCAGGGUGGCUGCCUCUGCUGCAAACUCAAACUGCAAGCCCUACAGAUGGCCUGAGAGGAGCCAGGCAGCCUCAAACAGAAACACCGAGGCCAGACGUUAGAACUCAAACACUGGGGCUUUGGGUUUUAGCUCCUAAGCUUAGAGACACACAGCAAGUGCUCAGAGAUGCCCACAUGGUCUCAGCAGGCUGGCCCGGGUCCAGGGAGCUGGUGCCAAACCCUUUUGGUCCCAACUUCCCCCCGGCACUUUCUGACCCAGCUACUCAAGUCAAGUGGGUUCUGUGGCCAGCUCUAGAAUGUGACCAGUUAAAUGGGGGCCUCUGGCUGCCUUCCAACAGGACACAGGAUGUGUGUGGACAGGCUGACAACCGCAGGGCAGAAAGAGGCAUAAGGGGAUGCCAGCCAAGGUGUCCACCAGAGACAAUGGUGCUGGUGGUAUUAGUGCUAGGCCUGGCGCUGGACCUGGCCAACGCGCAGUUCAACUUGCACAUUGCCGUGGGGAAAAACUACAAUAUGGCCAGGAUUUCUGGGGUCUGGCACCUUGUUUCCAUGGCCUCAGACAACAUGACGUACAUUGAGGAAAAAGGAGACCUGAGGCUCUUCAUCCGGAACAUCCAGUUUUUAAACAACAGCAACCUGCAGUUUGACUUCCACAUCAUGAUACACGGAGAAUGUGUAGCCGUGACCGUGGUCUGUGAGAAGACUAAGAAUAGUGGGGAGUUCUCCAUUGCCUAUGAGGGGGAAAACAAGGUGCUGCUCGUGGAGACUGACUACACAAUGUAUGCCAUCUUCCACAUGCAGAACAUCAAGAACGGGACCAGGACCCAAGUGCUGGCGCUCUAUGGUAACCUGACCCUAUCUGCUUGGGAAUCCCAGCCUCUGGCAAGGCGUCUUCCAUGGGUUCUCGACACGUUAUGGAAUGGUGCCUGCUCUCCCAACAAAAAAGUCCCAAAUUUGUCCCCAGGGCGCUUCAUGCAGAUUGACGAGACUUACCAGGAAAGAUUUGAAAACAUCUGUAAACUGUACGGGCUGGGCUCACAAAACAUCAUCGACAUGACAAACAAAGGUAGGGUCCCCUUCUCUGACGCAGAGAGGCCCGGAGAAGGCAGCUUACCGCCUGGUGUGGCUUGCACAGGUGCCUUGAGGAUUGCGGUUGGUGGUCAGGGAGGGGCUCGGCAAGCCAUCUGACACCCCCUUUCUCCCCAGAUUUUUGCUAUUUAUAGACGUUAAGAGGAGCCAGCCAGGCCUUCUGGUAUGUGAAUUUUGGUUUGAGUACAAGACAGCAGCUCCGGGGUGUUGGGAAUGGGACAGGGUAGCACGGAGCUGGUGUCAGAAGCGGGGGGAGGUCCACCUCAGAGUGACCGUGAGCUGCACAUCUCAAAGCUUAUACUCCGCCCAUCACUGGGUUGUCCUGCUGGAACACCCAGCUCUUUGUAGAAGACUGCGUAUUGUAUUCCCAGAGUCAGGGUUGUAGUGGGGCCUUCAUAAUGUGUCUGAGAAGAGUGGAAAGCUUGGCCCUGUGAAACGACCCUGGACGCCGUGUGCGGCAUACAAAGCUUGGGGUUUACUGCCUUGCAGCUUUGCACCCCAGAGACCUGAGAUCCAGGCACUGUGGAGCCAGCCCUGGGCAUCCUCUCUCCGAUGCUGGCCUGUGGUCAUCUGUCCAUGGCCUCGGUCUCGGUCUUCACAGGACCCUGUGUGUCUGUAUUUCUUCCUCUGCCUUUAGAUGUAAGCCGCCCAGGCAUCCAAACUGAUCUUACCUCAUGUACGAAGACCUUUGCCAAAUAAAUUUCCUCCUUUAGUUUCAGAAGGAAGACUGGCACGUGUUUAGGGACGUAGCACGUGGCACUUGGAGAUCCUUUCUUGGGAACAGGCCUCCAUGGUAGCAAAGAUCAUCCUCAGAGUUUCCAAGAGACUAGCCCCUGUUAAAGCAUAAUAAAACAGGGCACGGCCGGUUCCUGUGUCACCGCUCCACGUUGGACCCCUGGGACUCUCAGACCCAGGCAGUCGCAACCUGGUGUUAGUUUGGUCACUGUAGAGCCUUACAGAACUAACCUUAACGUAUCUCAGUGGCGGCUGGCUUCAGUGAGGCACCACACCACGUUAGCCUAGCUAUCUUCUGGCCCCAGUGAUCUCUCCACUCCCAUUGCUACUCACCCUGGCCAGCAGGAACUCUGGUCUCAGCUACCGGGCAAUAUCAAGACUCAACAAACUGUAACCCAACAACCAGAUGCUAAAUACUCAAUGUACAAUACAGCUGUACAAUAUACAGCCAAUUGAUACAGAUAUAAACCUCCCACCUAGAUAAGAUAUAAUUUGCUCAUCUAGAAACACAAAGUCCUGUACACAUCCAUCCCUUAAGAAUAUUCAUAGCAACUUGUAAAUGUGCAGAGAAAAAUCUUAACAUUGGCCACCAUGUUCUCUUGGCUGCCCCCUCUCCUCGCUCAGGUGUCCUCUUCCUCUCUAAAACUUUUCUCCCACCCAUCCUUCCUUCUCAUCCAAUGACAGGCCUUGUUCUAUCCUGUACCUGCAUAAUGACAUCAAUCUAUACGCCCCAGAGUCACCUCUUAAAGGACCCUGCACACAGGCCCAUGAGGUUCUAUGGAGACAGGGCCUGGAAGACCCAGUCUUCAGAUGAGAGGCUGAGACCCUGUCUGAUGAGCUCUGGGACUAGAUUCCCUGGGGACUAGUGAUAGCCACCCACCUGGGAUAAGGGCGUGUCCCGUGUGCUGGUGAACAGGCAGGAUAGAAGUUACAAUGUUUUAUGGGCUGGGAGUGACUCUCCUGGGCUGCAGCAGAGAUGUGAACAAUGUAUCCACAUAGUCUGUAAAGACGUUCACAUGUUCAUGACCACAGUCUGCAGCCGAUGACACAUUCUAGCAAGCCAGGGCCUUGGGCCUGGGGCCAGCAUAUAAAGGCGUGAUGGCGAAAUUGUAGAAAAGGGGCCAGAUUAGAAGACAUGGAGUCAGGGAGUGAGUGUGGCUCCUGAGGGGCAGCACAAUGAUCCCAGCUGCACUGCCUCCAUAGGACAGAGCAGUGCAUAUUCAGCCAUACACAAAUGACAAAAUGCUCAGCACCAAACACACAUUCUCACACACAAACACACCCACAUACACAGGCAUACAUGAACAUGCACAUGCUUAUGUGCUCAAACAUACAUGUGUUCAUUCAUAUGUAUGUGUACAAUGCAUGCUUAUAUACAGGAUCACUCACAUACACAUAUACAUGCUCACAUACAUACGUACAUACAUACAUACAUACAUACAUACAUACAUACAUACACAUAUACACAUGCCCACUCACCAUGUGCACACAUAGGAGCCUAGUGCCUACUUCAAGAUAUUUCUUAGGACACAGUCUCUUACUGGAGUACUCCAGCUGUGGGACAGCAAGGCCCGUGGGUCUGAGUCACCUUCUAAGGACUGGUAGCAGGCAGAGUGGUCAGGUGGAAGGUACCUGGCACCCCUAGGCAGCCCAGCCUGUGGACUAUUUGGUGCAGCCUGCUUAACCACAGCACAGAUGUGCAGGAAGCCAGCCCCAUGUUCAGGGCCCUCCAAGGAGGAGAGACGGCACUGGUGCUUUUGUUAGCUUCCUUGUACCUGCAGCUGUAAGGGUCCAUGAGUCACUGAAGAAUGAUACGGCAGACUCAAGGAGUGAGCAAAAGCAAAGACCACUUUAUCCUGCAGAAGAUCAGCAUACUGGGGUCUCCCGUUACCAAGAUGGAGACACACCGGUGAGUUUGCAGACCCAACUUAAAGUACAAUAGGGGAAGUCCACAGAGGGGUAGGUGACCUCUAUGUUAGUCAUUGCUUCUGUCUCCAGGGACAUUCCAGAACCACUGCUGGGGAGUUGGGGGGUGGGGGGACUGGAAACUGCUGCUGACCCAUUCUCCUUGCCUCAGGCCAGGUGAGGGAGCAGCUUCUGAGGCCUGGACUUGCCCAGUUCUUGGAAACAAAGAUUUAGGCCUAGUCUCCUGAACUGCCAAUCUGAAGCCUGUCGUGGAGUCAGCCUAGCCUGUCUCGCAGCAAAGUUACCCUAAGGAAGAGAGGGUUUAUUUUACGUCACACAGGCAAGGUUCCUUGUGGUGGGAAGGGAGCAACAGCAGGGGCCUGAGGCAGCUGUCACUCAGGAGGCAGAGAGAGGUGGGUGGUGGUGCCUAUCUACCUCACUUUUUGAUUCCAUCCUGGACCCAGCCCAUGGAACGCUCCCUCGGAUAUGUAUAGUGGGUCCUUCCAUCUCAUUGAGCUCAGUCUAGAAACUUCCUCACAGGCAUUCUCGAGGGUGGUUUCCAGGAAGAUUAUAGAUACUGUCAAAUUGACAGAAUUGAUCAUUACGUGUGGGAAUCAGAGUAAUGGCUGGUCUGAAGAGUGGCAGGAAGUAACUGAUGAACACAUGCAGACCACAGAGAGACCUCUGUCCUCUCCUACAGGGCUGCGUGAAGGACAUAAGCCCAUAGCCACGCGUCCCCAGGUCCCCAUGUUCUCUUCUGCACAGUCUAGGACUGGUCUUGCCUUAUGGGCUCUUGUUCUACACCCGCCCCCAUAGAUAAGGAAACAGGACAGGAAUCUUAGACAUCUGCCUCCCCACCCCACUGGACUCCAAAUAAUGCCACUGAGGUAGAAGGCCCUUGAAUUUUACCUGUGCUUGUUUCCCAUCCUCUGAGGAGCAUGGUGCCACCAACAAGUCCAAAGUGGUGGCCACCACCUGCUCACCUGGUCCAAUCAGCAUAAUGUCAUCAAUAGAGUGCACCAAUGGGAUAUUUUAUAGAAGAGACAAAUGAUCAGGAUCCCUCCCAAGUUGUGACACAAGGCUGGAGGGUUAAUAAAUCCUUGAGAUGAAACUAAAGGAGUACUGUUGGCCUGGCCAGCUCAACGUGAAUUGCUUCUGGUGAGUAUUAAGGGUGGACACUGAGCAUAGGGCGUUUGCUCCAUCAAUAACUGUGCCGUGUACCAGGCUAUAUAUAGGGCACAGGGGCUGUGCUGUCAGACAGGUAUGAGAACUGGUAAGGUGAGGUGUGAUCAAACCUUGGGGAUCUCAGAGAUCUCAGACAGCCCUCCCUGCCCUCUGUGCCUGCUCUGGAACGUGUAAUGAUGAGCCCAACCUGAGGGGACCACUGGGAGUCAGUCAUGUAAUGCAGCACCUGGAGCUCCUCUCCAUGUUAAUGAAGCACCUCAGUAGCCUUAGCCUUCAGCCAAUGAGCUUCCCCCCCUGGAUAUUCCCAUGCCCUUCCUUAAAAUUAUAUAAUCCCGGGUUUACCCCGAAUAACUUGUAUGCAUUCACAACCACCCCAGUAAAGAAAUAUGAGGAAGCCAAGGUCAUCUCAGAGAGCUGAUUCAUUAAAGAUUCGCAUGGGGAAGGAAGGCCUUUACCUAAAAGAACCCCAACACUAAGAUUCAAGAAGAAAGCCUUCUGGUACUAGCUGUCUCAGCUCUGCUCUCCCUUUCAAGUGGCAUACAAUGACGCUUUUGUGCCCCAAGGGGAGACACAGACCUCGGACCCUGCUGCUGAUGUCCUCUCUCCAGGCCAGUACAUUGACACUGCCUGGGCACCCUGAACUACGGCGUUCGUCUCCUCCGGUCUGAUGUGUAGCCGCAUUCUCAGACCACGAAAGGAGAGCGUGGGCUGCAGACUCCUGUCCCAGAUUUUGCCCUGCUGGUUCAUUGGCAGAGUCCAGACACCACCAGCAGGCAAAGAGAGGCAGAUCUCAGGACCCACAACAAACCCAAGAACCACACCAGGAGAUGUGACAAUGUGCCCAAGUACACACACCACAGUAAAGCAGCUACAGUCAGAGACACUACAUGAUUGAAUUGUCCAUAGUCAAUUGUCAUUCACGACCCACCUGUCUUCUGCACUGCCCGGAUAGGAGAGUUAAAAGGGGAUGUGGGACCACCACCCCUGCAUCGUUCAAGGCAUUGAUGGUGGCACUAACUCCUACAGUUCUUCCAGGGAUGCGAUACUGGUUUUGAUUCGUUCUUUUCCCCAAAUGAGGCAACCGAAGGCUUCCGUCUAGCCUGUCCAACCAUAGCAGCCCUCACUCCACAGGCCAGGGAACCAGUGUGAGGAUUCUGUCAACUUCUAAGUCUAUCCCAUUUACACAUUCUGGGACCAGGGGAAAUGACCACAGGAUGAAUUCAGGGACUCACUAGACCUACUGUGAGUCAGACUUCAGCCAAAACUCCAUUCAUCACCUGUCCUCCAUAAGCCCCUACUUUAACUGGGGGCCACAGUGUUUCUUGGGAUCUCCCAGAAUCAGUGUCAUUUCACCACCAGUAUCCAGUAGACUCUGUAGAGUCUGAUCGUUCCAUUUCCCCACAGUGUACAGUUACCUGACAAAGGCCAUACAAAGGUCUCUCUGGGCAAGGACUGGAGAAAGGCUAACAAUAAAACUUCUAGUUACUUUAUCAAGAUCCUUCCUCAGGGGAAUCUGGGCGUCCCUACACUUAAGGGGUUCUGUGUCUGCAAACUGGCUCAAGUCUAGAAAUUUAUUCACAAGCAAGAUUCUAACUAUUGCCAUGAUCCGAUGUGGCCUUCGUUUGUUUUAUAAUUUUUUCACUUAUACAGAUCAAACAAAACUUCAGUAGGCUUCUUAUCCAUCCCACGCCUGGAAACACCAUGACUGAUUAGCCAGCACCAAAGGACCCGACGAGUGAUGCCACCACGGAGUUCACUUUGCCUGUCCUGGCCAUUACGGUCGGCCAUUACUCAGGGUCAGACAUUGUUUUGUCUGUGCUGCCCAUUAGGACAUCUACAAUCAGCUCGCCUUUCACGGUUCACUGCUGCCAUCUGGCCCCUGCUACCUUGGGUCCAACUAAACCUGCAGCAUUAAUUCAUUCAACCGGGCAGCAGCCCCUCCAGCCCCAGAGUCUGGCACAGGAAAAAGGGCGACCAAGCUCCUCAGAUGCUGGUGCUCCUGUCGACAUUUUGCAUCUUAUAGGAUUCAUGAAGGGCUUUCUUCUGGGCCUUCCACUGUGGACGGUAUAGUUUCACACACUGUACCAACUGUAGCCUUGCAAUUUCCUUGAACCUUACAAUCCCUCAUCAACACUAAACCAAGGGAUAACAGGUAUCAACAGCUCCUUGUCAGUAGGCUGUCUUCGGACAAACACUUUGGACAAACCUUUUUUUUUUUUUUUAAACUGUGUGUGCUUCCAAUUAAACCUAGAAUUUCCACUAAAAGGGCCCAGGUCAAUAAACUCGGUCUCCAGUUUAUGUUUCUUACAGUAACAAGGGCUGCAAAUUGUCUACAGUGACUCCAUUUUGUCACCUUAAAUGAACUUUGUCUUGAUAAAGUACCAGCAACUGUAAGGGAGUCCAAGAAAAACAAUUCCAGGAAGAAAAACAACUCAAGGCCUUGACCUGACCUAACAGGCCUAGGCCUGACCUCCCUACUUUUGCUAAUCUCGGUCUGGCUUUCUGUAACUGUUUGCUUAGCCUGUAGCUGUAGGAAGGGAACCAUGAGGGCUUUCCAGCCAGGACACAGUUUUCUUGCUUAAAUAGGACUCUGGGGAAGGCUCACUUCUGUACUUGAGUACCAAGUCCCCAGAUGUAGUCGCCAGCUGGCUACAAUAAAUACUUUCACUAGUC